AUGGUCUCACCGCCGCAGUCCUUCAAGGACACCCCCCGCCACUAUGAGGAGUCGGACGAUGGCCUCGCGCACACCUCUGUAAAGUCGCAGCUGAGCCACUGGCACGCGAUUAAGGGUCGCGAGCACCGCUCGUUUGUCCGCAACAUCGUCCCGUCGUUCCGGUGGAAGACGCAGAAGAACUCUCCGAAUGAAAUCGUCAUCCACAAUCCCAUCAAGCUUCUCCGUUCCGUGCCCGCCAAGGGAUGGCUUUACUUCCUCGUUGGUUGGUUCGCCUGGACCUGCGAUGGUUUCGACUACUUCGCGGUCUCCGUCACGAUGACUGACCUGGCCCACUACUUUGGCAAGAGCAACCACGAUAUCUCCACUGCCAUCACUCUUACACUCCUUUUCCGCUCCCUCGGAGCCUUCCUUUUCGGUAUUGCCGCCGACCGUUUCGGCCGCAAGUGGACUCUCUUCGUGAACCUCCUCAUGAUCGCCGCGCUUGAGCUCGGCUCCGGUUUCGUCCAGACCUACAGCGCUUUCCUCGGUGUCCGCUCCAUCUUCGGUAUUGUCAUGGGCGGUAUCUGGGGCACGUCUGCUGCGAUCGCGCUGGAGAACGUGCCCCCUCACGCCCGUGGUCUCAUGUCCGGCAUGAUGCAGCAGGGCUACGCCGUUGGCUACCUCCUCGCCGCUUCCGUCAACUUCAUCACCCCGCACAGCAAAUAUGGCUGGCGCUGUGUUUACUUCUUCGGUGCCGGUUUCUCUCUUCUCGCCGCUCUCCUCCGCCUCGUCGUCCCCGAGUCCAAGCAGUACAUUGAGGCCCGUGAGCGUGCCAAGGCUGAGGCCCUCCCCGCCAAGGAGGCUACGCGUCGCUUCGGCCGCGCCAUCUUGGACAUGCUCAAGACCAACUGGAUCCGCGUCAUCUGGGCCAUCUGCUGCAUGACCGGCUUCAACUUCCUCUCCCACGGCUCCCAGGACCUCUACCCGACCUACCUGAAGGAGACCAAGCUUCUCAGCCCCGCCGUCACGAACCGCGCCGUCAUUAUCUCCAACGUCGGCGCUGUGUGCGGGGGCACGAUCGCGGGCUAUCUGUCUCAGUACUCGGGACGUCGGCUUACUGGGCUGAUCUUCCUCUGCAUUACUGCCGCGUUCAUUCCUCUCUGGAUUCUCCCCGGCAACUUCUCGGGACUCGCCGCCGGCGGCUUCUGGAUGCAGUUCGGCGUCCAGGGUGCCUGGGGAAUCGUGCCCAUCUACCUGUCCGAGGUCUCGCCUCCCGCCUUCCGUGCCCUCUUCGCUGGUCUCUCGUACCAGCUGGGUAACAUGGCUUCCUCAGGCGCUGCACAGAUCGAGACCGACGCUGGCGAGAGCAUCCAGAUCCCCGACCCCAAGGAGCCCGGCAAGAUGAUGCCUGACUACGCCACCGUGCAGGGUAUCCUGAUCGGCGCUGUCAUUGCCUGGCUCAUGAUCUUCCUCUUCCUCGGCCCCGAAGCCGACGGAUCCCACUUCGAACACGCCAAGGCUGCCUACGAGGAGGGCGCCGGUAAGGAGACCGGUACCCGCCUCGUGCACGAGGAUGAGUACAUCCGCCGCGAGAGCCAGAUGCACCGCGAGGAGCGCGAGGCGGAGAAGGCGUAA